GUGGAAUGAUACUUCAAUAACAUGGAUACAACUGAAACAGGUGGGAACAUUUUCCUUCAGCCGUAAAUGAGAAGAGAAGAUUUGUUGGAUGUGUUCACGAAGAUAAGGAGUUACUAGAGUGUGCACGUGGAGAAACUAUUUCCAUUGGCAGAAGGAUUGCUAAGCUCAAAGCACAGUGAUUGAAGAUAACUGGCAAAUUUUAACCAGUAGAGAGCUGAGAAGACUUUUUUUGACACAAAGACUUGUUACGAUUUGGAAUUGAGUGCCAUAAAGUUCAUGACGAGCAGCAGCCUCUCUGCUCGAUCAAGUAAAGGUACUCUGAGAAUAUGGCUAGUUUCUGGACACAGCUGGGAUUGCUACUCUGGAAGAAUUUUACGUAUAGAAGGAGACAAACAUUUCAGUUGUUGAUAGAGGUGGCGUGGCCUCUUUUUCUGUUCUUCAUAUUGAUCUCUGUGCGAUUGUCCUACCCUCCAUAUGAGCAGCAUGAGUGCCACUUCCCAAACAAGGCAAUGCCAUCUGCUGGGACUCUGCCGUGGAUUCAAGGAAUUAUUUGUAAUGCAAACAACCCCUGUUUCCGCUACCCAACACCAGGUGAAUCCCCAGGAGUGGUUGGAAAUUUUGAUAAAUCGAUAAUCUCUCGCCUGUUUUAUGAUGCCAAGAAGAUUCUUCUCUACAGCCAAACGGAUGGCAACAUGGGAGCCUUUCACAACCUGUUUGAAGCACUAAAGAAAUUCAGCAAUUCUACUUCAGAUCUUAGGCUCCGGGAUUUCUUGGUCGAGAAUGAGACGCUGUCGGAAUUUCUGCAUCAAGAUAUGUCAUUUGACCAUGAUGCAGUGGAACAGAUCCUAGAUGCUCAUGUAAAUUUUGGAAAGGUCAUUACAGAGGGGCAAGGAUUACAGCUGAAGGACCUUUGUGAUGGCCCAAAACUGAAGGACUUUGUUAUCAUUGGAGAUCACUCCACAGCCACUAACACCCAAUCUCUUAUUUGUACCUUAUCUGAGGCAGAACUGAAAAAAGUCGAACUAACAUUCUUUUUGAACCUGGAUAUUUUAAAGUUAAUACAUAAAGGAUUGAUCACUAAUCCUAAAGAAGCAUUGAAUGUAACUGAAGCCUUGGAUGAAGUUCUGCAAAAUCUCAUGAUUCUAGCCAAAGAGCUACUGGAAGUGAAGAGUUGGACUGACAUGCGAAGAGAGGUGAUGUUACUGACCAAUGAGAAUACGACAGGGUCACCCCAAGAGGUGUACCAAGCCGUGACAAGAAUUGUGUGUGGCCAUCCCGAAGGUGGUGGAUUAAAGAUCAAGUCCCUGAAUUGGUAUGAGGACAACAACUACAAAUAUCUUUUGGGUAGAAAUGGCACGGACGAUGAUGAUGCCGCACACUAUGACAACUCAACAACGCCAUACUGCAAUGACCUGAUGAGGAACUUGGAAUCUAAUCCCAUCUCUAAAAUGAUCUGGAGGGUAAUGAAGCCAUUGCUGGUUGGUAAAGUGCUGUACACUCCUGAUACCCCUAUGACUCGAAGAAUUGUUCAGGAGGUUAAUGAGACCUUUCAAGAGCUGAGUGUCUUCAAAGAGAUUGGAGAGAUGUGGAAAGAGACUGGACCAAAGAUCUGGGAGUUUAUGGAAAGAAGUCAGGCAAUGGAUUUGAUUCGAAGCCUACUAAAGAAGCAGGUUACAGCAAAUUACAUUGAUUCAAAGCUAGAUGGAACCUCUUGGUCAGCCGCUGACCUCUCCAAGUUUCUUGCCAAAUAUCCAGAAGAGGUUCAACAUCCAAACGGGUCCUCGUACACCUGGAGAGAGGUUUACAAUGAGACCGAACAGGCAAUUCACAAAAUAUCACUCGCUAUGGAGUGCGUGAAGUGGGAUAAGUUAGAGGCUGUGUCCACUGAGGAGAAACUGAUAAACAAAUCAAUGGAGCUGCUGGAUGAAAGGAAAUUCUGGGCGGGAAUUGUCUUCCUGGACUUUGAUUCAAACAGUACAAAACCAACAGAGCACAUCAAGUACAAAAUUCGAAUGGAUAUAGACAACGUGGAGAGAACAAACAAGAUCAUGGACGGGUAUUGGGAUCCUGGACCUCGUGCUGACCCAUUUGAAGACCUCCGUUAUAUUUGGGGUGGCUUCUCGUACCUCCAGGAUAUAAUAGAGCAUGCAAUCAUCCGCACCGUGACCGGGAGGAAGGAGAAAACUGGCGUGUACAUUCAGCAAAUGCCAUACCCCUGCUACGUGGAUGAUCUAUUUCUUCGUGUUCUGAGCCAGUCACUACCUCUUUUCACCACUCUGGCCUGGAUCUACUCUGUCGCUGUGAUAAUCAAAGGGAUAGUAUAUGAGAAAGAAGCACGUCUCAAGGAGACCAUGAGGAUUAUGGGUCUGGGUAGUGGCACACUGUGGUUCAGCUGGUUCAUCAGCAGUUUAAUCCCUCUUCUCGUCAGUGCUGCCUUGCUGGUGGUAAUUCUAAAGGAAGGAAACAUAUUGCCAUACAGCAACCCCAUUGCUGUCUUCACAUUCCUUGCGGUUUUUGGUGUGGUCACCAUCUUGCAAUGCUUUUUGAUCAGCACCAUGUUUUCAAAGGCUAACCUAGCAGCAGCCUGUGGAGGGAUUAUCUACUUUACCCUGUACCUUCCUUAUGUCCUCUGUAUGGCUUGGCAGGAGUAUACAACCUACUCAAUCAAAAUCAUUGCCAGCCUGCUCUCCCCAGUCGCCUUUGGCUUUGGUUUUGACUACUUUGCUCAAUUCGAAGAGCAGGGAAUUGGGGUCCAGUGGCAUAACCUCUUCUCGAGUCCAUCGAAAGGCGAUGAGUACAACAUCACCACAUCCAUCAUCCUCAUGAUCAUUGACACAUUCCUGUAUGGAGUUCUAACUUGGUACAUUGAGGCAGUUUUCCCAGGACAAUAUGGCAUUCCCAAGCCAUGGUAUUUUCCUUUUACCAAAUCCUAUUGGUGCGGAGAUACAAUUCAGAACAUUAAGCAGACUCCAUCUGCUAAGAAUACAAAUUCACAAAUCUGUGUGGAAGAGGAGCCGAGUCACCUCACACUUGGUGUCUCCAUUCAAAACCUGGUCAAGAUUUACCGUAAUGGCAAGAAGUUGGCAGUCGAUGGACUCAGUCUCAGCUUUUACGAAGGGCAGAUCACAUCUUUCCUAGGACAUAAUGGAGCUGGCAAAACCACUACUAUGUCAAUAUUGACCGGAUUGUUUCCGCCAACAUCUGGAACAGCUUAUAUUCUGGGAAAAGAUAUCUGUUCUGACCUCGAUUCCAUUCGGCAAAGCCUGGGUGUGUGCCCACAGCACAAUGUCCUUUUUGAUUUGCUUACUGUAGAGGAACAUGUUUGGUUUUAUGCACGACUAAAAGGACUGUCAAGGAGUGAGGUGAAGACAGAGGUGGAGCAGAUGGUCUUGGAUGUGGGGCUGCCCAACAAACGUAAAGAAACAACCAACAAGCUUUCAGGCGGAAUGCAACGUAAACUUUCAGUGGCCCUUGCAUUUGUUGGCGGCUCGAAAGUUGUCAUCUUGGAUGAACCAACUGCUGGAGUUGACCCUUAUUCCCGCCGAGGGAUAUGGGAUCUACUGCUGAAAUAUCGGCAAGGUCGGACCAUUAUCCUCUCUACACAUCAUAUGGAUGAGGCAGAUAUGCUGGGAGACCGGAUUGCCAUUAUUUCUAAUGGCAAGCUAUGCUGUUGUGGAUCAUCAUUGUACCUAAAGAACCAAUUAGGAACAGGCUACUACCUCACUCUGGUCAAGAAAGAUUUAGAGCCAUCUCUCAGCUCCUGUAGAAACAGCAGCAGCACCAUGUCCUACUUAAAAAAGGAGGACAGUGUUUCUCAAAGCAGCUCUGAUGCUGGGCUUGGCAGUGAUCAAGAAAGUGAUACCAUCACUAUAGAUGUUUCAGCCAUUUCCAAUCUCAUCUUGAAGCACAUUCCAAAGGCUCGCUUGGUUGAAGAUAUUGGCCAUGAACUGACUUAUGUGCUGCCUUAUGAGGCUGCUAAAGAUGGGGCUUUUGUGGAACUUUUCCAUGAGAUUGAUGACAGACUCUCUGACCUUGGAAUUUCCAGUUACGGAAUUUCCGACACUACUCUGGAAGAAAUUUUCCUUAAGGUUGCUGAGGAUAAUGGAGUGGAUACGGAAACGUCAGAUGGCAUGAUUCCAGCUUGCCGAAACCGGAGAUCGAGAUUUGUGGACAGACAGAGUUGCUUGAGACCGUUCACUGAUGAUGCUGCUGACGUUAAUGACUCAGAUGGUGAUCCAGAGGCCCGUGAAACGGACUUCCUGAGUGGAAUGGAUGGGAAAGGUUCUUACUCAGUAAGAGGCUGGAACCUUUUUAGGCAGCAGUUUGUGGCCUUGUUCUGGAAGAGGUUGAUUUAUGCAAAACGCAGCCGGAAAGGAAUCUUUGCUCAGAUCGUACUACCUGCUGUGUUUGUGUGUAUUGCACUGGUGUUCAGUCUGAUUGUGCCUCCAUUUGGUAAAUAUCCCAGCUUAGAACUGCACCCCUGGAUGUAUGAUGAACAGUAUACUUUCAUUAGUAAUGAUGCUCCCGGAAAUGAGCACACAGAAAAAUUGCUCAACUCUCUUGUUAAUAAGCCAGGGUUCGGCACUCGGUGUAUGAAAGGAAAUCCCAUUCUUGAUAAUCCCUGUGAGCCUGCAGCUGCAGAGUGGAUCACUCCUUCUGUAUCGGAUUCUAUAAUGGAUGUCUUUCUCAAUGGGAAUUGGACAAUGGAUAAUCCUUCACCAACCUGUCGGUGUAGUGAUAAUACUAUAAAGAAGAUGCUUCCUGACUGUCCUGCAGCUGCUGGUGGACUUCCACCUCCUCAGAUUAAACUGAACUCCACAGACAUCCUCCAGAACCUGUCCGGCAGAAAUGUGACCGAUUACCUUGUGAAAACCUAUGCGCAAAUCAUUGGGAGAAGUUUAAAGAACAAAAUGUGGGUGAAUGAAUUCAGGUAUGGAGGAUUUUCACUUGGGGGAGAAAACUCUCCGUUGCUACCAUCACAGGAAGAAGUCACUCAAGCCAUACUCCAUUUAAAAAAGGCACUUGCAUUGACACAGGGUAGUGCUUCUGACCGCUUUAUGAGCCGACUCUUGAAAUUUAUGUCAGGAUUAGACACGAAAGAUAACGUAAAGAUUUGGUUUAACAACAAAGGCUGGCAUGCCAUCGGAGCCUUCCUGAAUGUCAUGAACAAUGCUAUUCUCCGUACUCGGUUAGGGGAAGGUGAAGAUCCCAGUGCAUACGGAAUCACCGCCAUCAAUCAUCCCCUCAAUCUGACCAAAGAGCAGAUCUCUGAGGUGGCUCUGAUGACCACUUCCGUGGAUGUUCUGGUUUCUAUCUGUGUGAUCUUUGCCAUGUCCUUCGUGCCGGCAAGUUUCGUUGUUUUCCUGAUUCAGGAGCGGGUCACCAAAGCCAAGCACAUGCAGUUCAUCAGCGGAGUGAAACCAGCCAUCUACUGGCUAGCUAACUAUGUGUGGGACAUGUGCAACUAUGUGGUUCCUGCCACUCUGGUCAUUGUUAUAUUUAUCUGUUUCCAACAAAAAUCAUAUGUGUCUUCCUCGAAUCUGCCCGUGCUGGCUCUGCUUCUCUUCCUCUAUGGAUGGUCCAUCACACCUUUGAUGUACCCAGCAUCAUUUGUGUUCAGGAUCCCCAGCACUGCCUAUGUGAUACUAACCAGCGUUAAUUUGUUCAUUGGUAUUAAUGGCAGUGUGGCAACUUUCGUAUUGGAGCUGUUUAGCAACAAUAAACUGAAUAGCAUUAACGAAGUCCUGAAAUCUGUGUUCCUCAUCUUUCCCCACUUCUGUUUGGGCCGUGGGUUGAUUGACAUGGUGAAAAAUCAGGCCAUGGCAGACGCCUUAGAACGAUUUGGCGAGAAUCGUUUUGUCUCCCCACUUUCCUGGGAUCUAGUAGGAAGGAACCUGUUUGCUAUGGCUGUGGAAGGAGUGGUUUUCUUUUUCAUCACUGUUCUGAUUCAGUACAGAUUCUUUAUAAAACCAAGGCCCACAUCUGUAAAACUUCCAGUUCUAACUGAUGAAGACGAGGAUGUGGCCAAGGAAAGGCAGAGGGUCUUGAGUGGUGGAUGUCAAAACGACAUCCUGGAACUGAAAAGUCUGACAAAGAUUUACAGGAUGAAAAGGAACCCUGCAGUGGACAGACUUUGUGUUGGAAUCCCACCAGGAGAGUGUUUUGGGCUGCUUGGGGUGAAUGGUGCUGGGAAAACAACCACCUUCAAAAUGUUGACCGGAGAUAGUUAUGUGACAGGAGGAGAAGCUUUCCUUAAUGGCUACAGUAUUUUAUCUAACAUGCAAGAAGUCCACCAGAACAUGGGUUACUGUCCUCAGUUUGAUGCCAUCAAUGAGCUUCUUACUGGCCGGGAACAUCUAGAGCUAUAUGGACUCCUGCGUGGAAUUCCUGAGAAAGAGAUUUGCAAGGUUGCUGAAUGGGGAAUCCGAAAGCUGGGAAUUAUUCGAUAUGCAGAUAAAAGGGCUGGCAACUACAGCGGUGGCAACAAGCGCAAACUCUCAACCGCUAUGGCACUGCUUGGGGGUCCUCCUGUAUUAUUUCUGGAUGAACCCACAACAGGGAUGGACCCAAAGGCUCGGAGAUUUCUGUGGAACACAAUUCUUAGUAUUGUGAAAGAAGGGAGAUCAGUGGUCUUGACGUCACACAGCAUGGAAGAGUGUGAGGCUUUGUGUACUCGAAUGGCCAUAAUGGUGAAUGGCAAAUUUCGAUGUCUUGGCAGUGUGCAGCAUCUCAAAAACAGAUUUGGAGAUGGCUAUACGAUAAUUGUGAGGAUAGUUGGUCCAAACCCAGAUCUGAGUCCUGUGGAGCAGUUCUUCAAGCGGGCCUUUCCUGGCAGCAUUCUCAAGGAGAAGCACCGCAAUAUGCUGCAGUACCAGCUGCCAUCCUAUCAAUCCUCCUUAUCAAGGAUCUUUAGUAUUCUCUCCAGCAACAAGGAGAAACUUCAAAUUGAGGACUACUCUGUUUCACAAACCACACUAGACCAAGUUUUUGUAAAUUUUGCCAAGGACCAAAGUGACGAUGACCUCUCAAAAGACAUGUCUAUUCAAAGAAAUGAAACUGUCUUAGAUGUUGCACUCCUGAAUACAUUUUUACAUGACAACAGUGUGAAGGAAAGCUGUGUGUGAGCUGACAAACUGAAUUUCAGACUGAAAAGGAGGUUUGAUUCGUUCAGAAUGGAAACUUCUCGAGGAGAAGGAAGAGAAAAACUGGACACCGAAUACAUGCCAUUCAAUGCAAUCCAAUGCAACAAUUCCACUAUCAUAUGACAAAAUGGUGCCUCUGUUAGUUGUUGAUGAGUACUAGAGGUUAAAUGUAAAACUUGAAUAUCGUUGGUAUUACAACAUGACUUUGUGAAACUCUAGGGCUGUAUUCAAUACCAUAAGUUAUCACGGAAUAUCAGCAAUGUGACAAUCUUGCAGUUAUUGAUUAGUCGUGGCCAGUAAUUGAGUAAGUAAAUCAAUAACUGACACAUAUAUGUGUGUCAACACACUGUCCCGACUCACGUUGUGAUUGAAAUGUACCACAGUCUGGAGUUUUCAGAAUACGUAACCAGAGUCUGGGCAGAUUACAUUUUAAUAAUCCGUGUGUGAGAGACUUGGUAAUUUUUGAAAUAAAAAUUAAUAAAGUAACAUAUUUAUUUACUGAUUGCCGGUGUAACCAGCUAAAAAAAAGGUGUUUACAUAAGUAUUGUAUCCCAACUUAUAAAGUGAAUAUCUACAUCGGCGCGAGAGUUUUCUAAUAGUCAUGUUUAAAGCUCUAUUUUGGCCGUUUCAUUCCAAGCACUUUAUACAGAUGGUUCUGGAACUUUUUUUUUUAAACUGUAAUAUCAAUUAAUCAUUAUUAAAGUGAAUGAAAAUAAUUGGCAAAGCUUGAUGUCUAAAGGCUUGACAUGUAUAAAUUAGUCAUUUUUCUUACAGAAAUGUUGCAAUACCAAAAAAAAGUUUGUGAAAGUAUUAUUGUGUAAAUGCAUUUAUAUAUUGUUUUGAGUUUCUCAUG